GACCCGCCCGCCAUGGCCCGCGCCCCCGGGCCCGCCACCCUGCGCGCGCCGCCCCCCUCGCCCCGGGGGCGCAGCUGAUCCCGGAAUCCGAGGCGUGGAGCCGGCGGGGCGCGGGGGUCCCUCUCCACGCCGGCUUCGGGGACACGCGUCACCCCCCACAUCUCUGCCCGGGACGACCCAGCUGCCCGGCCACGUCCAUGCCAAGGGCUCCCUGCUCCACGCUGACAUGGCUGACAGCACCUUGCCACCCUUAUCUGCAGCAGCCCCGGCCCCUGAGCCGGGAAUCACUGAGCAGCCAGGGCCCCGGAGUCCCCCUCCAUCCCCUCCAGGCCUGGAGGAGCCACUGGAUGGAACCAACCCUGAAGUCCCACACCCAGACCUGGCUCCUGUUGCCUUCUUCUGCCUGCGCCAGACCACGAGCCCCCGGAACUGGUGCAUCAAGAUGGUAUGUAACCCAUGGUUCGAGUGUGUGAGCAUGCUGGUCAUCCUGCUGAACUGUGUGACCCUGGGCAUGUACCAGCCAUGUGACGACAUGGAGUGCCUGUCAGACCGCUGCAAGAUCCUGCAGGUCUUCGAUGACUUCAUUUUUAUCUUCUUCGCCAUGGAGAUGGUGCUUAAGAUGGUGGCCCUGGGCAUUUUUGGCAAGAAGUGCUACCUCGGGGACACAUGGAACCGCCUGGAUUUCUUCAUUGUCAUGGCAGGGAUGGUCGAAUACUCUCUGGACCUUCAGAACAUCAACCUGUCAGCCAUCCGCACUGUGCGUGUCCUGAGGCCCCUCAAAGCCAUCAACCGUGUGCCCAGCAUGCGGAUCCUGGUGAACCUACUGCUCGACACACUGCCCAUGCUGGGAAAUGUGCUCCUGCUCUGUUUCUUCGUCUUCUUCAUCUUUGGCAUCAUUGGCGUGCAGCUCUGGGCAGGCUUGCUGAGGAACCGCUGUUUCCUGGAGGAGAACUUCACCAUACAAGGGGAUGUGGCCCUGCCGCCUUAUUACCAGCCGGAGGAGGACGACGAGAUGCCCUUUAUCUGCUCCCUGUCGGGCGACAAUGGCAUCAUGGGCUGCCACGAGAUCCCCCCGCUGAAGGAGCAGGGCCGAGAAUGCUGCCUGUCCAAAGAUGAUGUGUACGACUUUGGGACGGGGCGCCAAGACCUCAACGCCAGUGGCCUCUGCGUCAACUGGAACCGCUACUACAACGUCUGCCGCACGGGCAACGCCAACCCUCACAAGGGCGCCAUCAACUUCGACAACAUCGGCUAUGCCUGGAUUGUGAUCUUCCAGGUGAUCACUCUGGAAGGCUGGGUGGAGAUCAUGUACUAUGUGAUGGAUGCACAUUCUUUCUACAACUUCAUCUACUUCAUCCUGCUCAUCAUAGUGGGCUCCUUCUUCAUGAUCAACCUGUGCCUCGUUGUCAUAGCGACCCAGUUCUCGGAGACCAAGCAGCGGGAGCAUCGGCUGAUGCUGGAGCAGCGCCAGCGCUACCUGUCCUCCAGCACGGUGGCCAGUUACGCCGAGCCUGGCGACUGCUAUGAGGAGAUCUUCCAAUAUGUCUGUCACAUCCUUCGCAAGGCCAAGCGCCGUGCCUUGGGCCUCUACCAGGCCCUGCAGAACCGGCGCCAGGCCACGGGCCCGGGGACACCGGCCCCUGCUAAGCCUGGGCCUCACGCCAAGGAGCCCAGCCACUGCAAGCUGUGCCCACAACACAGUCCCCUGGACCCCACUCCCCACACUCUGGUGCAGCCCAUCUCUGCUAUUCUGGCCUCUGACCCCAGCAGCUGCCCACGCUGCCAGCAUGAGGCAGGCAGGCGGCCCUCAGGCCUGGGCAGCACGGACUCAGGCCAGGAAGGCUCGGGCUCCGGGGGCUCUGCAGAGGCUGAGGCCAACGGGGACGGACCCCAGAGCAGUGAAGAGGGGACCUCCUCCGGCUUGGGGAAGGAGGAGGAGCAGGAGGAGGGCGCAGCCCGACUGUGCGGCGACGUGUGGAGAGAGACACGAGCCAAGCUGCGAGGCAUCGUAGACAGCAAGUACUUCAACAGAGGCAUCAUGAUGGCCAUCCUGGUCAACACUGUCAGCAUGGGCAUCGAGCACCAUGAACAGCCCGAGGAGCUGACGAACAUUCUGGAGAUCUGUAAUGUUGUCUUUACCAGCAUGUUUGCCCUGGAGAUGAUCCUGAAGUUGGCUGCCUUCGGGCUCUUCGACUACCUGCGGAACCCUUACAACAUCUUUGACAGCAUCAUUGUCAUUAUCAGCAUCUGGGAAAUCGUGGGGCAGGCGGACGGAGGCCUGUCGGUGCUGCGCACCUUCCGGCUGCUGCGGGUGCUGAAGCUGGUGCGCUUCAUGCCGGCGCUGCGGCGCCAGCUCGUGGUGCUCAUGAAGACCAUGGACAACGUGGCCACCUUCUGCAUGCUGCUCAUGCUCUUCAUCUUCAUCUUCAGCAUCCUUGGGAUGCAUAUCUUCGGCUGCAAAUUCAGCCUCCGCACGGACACUGGAGACACAGUCCCCGACAGGAAGAACUUUGACUCCUUACUGUGGGCCAUUGUCACAGUGUUCCAGAUCCUCACUCAGGAGGACUGGAAUGUCGUCCUCUACAAUGGCAUGGCCUCCACCACUCCAUGGGCCUCCCUCUACUUCGUUGCCCUCAUGACCUUCGGCAAUUAUGUACUCUUCAAUCUCCUGGUGGCCAUCCUGGUCGAGGGCUUCCAGGCUGAGGGUGAUGCUAAUCGCUCCUACUCUGAUGAGGACCAGAGUUCAUCCAACAUGGAGGAGUUUGACAAGCUCCCAGAAGUCCUGGACAACAGUGGGGAUCUCAAGCUCUGCCCAAUACCCAUGACACCCAAUGGACACCUGGACCCUAGUCUCCCCCUGGGUGGGCAUCUGGGUCCUGCUGGUGCCAUGGGCACUGCCCCCCGCCUCUCACUGCAGCCGGACCCGGUACUGAUGGCCCUAGACUCCCGCAAAAGCAGCGUCAUGUCGCUGGGCAGGAUGAGCUAUGACCAGCGUUCCUUGUCCAGCUCCCGGAGCUCCUACUAUGGACCCUGGGGCCGCAGCGGGACCUGGGCCAGCCGUCGCUCCAGCUGGAACAGCCUGAAGCACAAGCCACCAUCAGCUGAGCACGAGUCCCUGCUCUCGGGGGAGCGUGGUGGCAGCUGUGUCAGGGCCUGUGAAGGUGCCCUGGAGGAGGCGCCGCCCCGCCCCGCACCCCUGCAUGCCCCACAUGCCCACCACGUGCACCAUGGACCCCACCUUGCGCACCGUCACCGCCACCACCGCCGGACGCUGUCCCUCGAUACCAAGGACUCGGUGGACCUGGCAGAGCUAGUGCCCGUGGUGGGCGCCCACUCACGGGCUGUUUGGAGGGCAGGGGGCCAGGCUCCGGGGCAUGAGGAUUGUAAUGGUAGAAUGCCCAACAUUGCCAAAGAUGUCUUCACCAAGAUGGAUGACCGCCGUGACCGUGGGGAGGACGAGGAGGAGAUCGACUAUACCCUGUGUUUCCGCGUUCGCAAGAUGAUUGAUGUCUACAAGCCUGACUGGUGCGAGGUCCGUGAGGACUGGUCGGUCUACCUCUUCUCUCCUGAGAACAAGUUCCGGAUCCUAUGUCAGACUGUCAUUGCUCACAAGCUCUUCGACUACGUGGUCUUGGCCUUCAUCUUCCUCAACUGCAUCACCAUCGCUCUGGAGAGGCCCCAGAUUGAAGCUGGUAGCACUGAGCGCAUCUUCCUCACGGUGUCUAACUACAUCUUCACAGCCAUCUUCGUGGGCGAGAUGACACUGAAGGUGGUUUCUCUGGGCCUGUACUUCGGUGAGCAGGCAUACUUACGCAGCAGCUGGAACGUACUGGAUGGCUUCCUAGUCUUUGUGUCCAUCAUCGAUAUUGUGGUAUCUGUGGCCUCCGCGGGGGGAGCCAAGAUUCUGGGGGUCCUCCGGGUUCUGCGGCUCCUACGCACCUUACGUCCUUUGAGGGUCAUUAGCCGGGCCCCUGGCUUGAAGCUGGUGGUAGAGACACUCAUCUCUUCCCUUAAACCCAUCGGCAACAUCGUGCUCAUCUGCUGCGCCUUCUUUAUCAUCUUCGGCAUCCUGGGGGUGCAGCUUUUCAAGGGAAAGUUCUAUCAUUGCCUGGGAGUGGACACCCGAAACAUCACCAACAGAUCUGACUGUGUGGCAGCCAACUAUCGCUGGGUACAUCACAAAUACAACUUUGACAACCUGGGCCAGGCACUGAUGUCCCUCUUUGUCUUGGCCUCCAAGGAUGGCUGGGUGAACAUCAUGUAUAAUGGAUUGGAUGCUGUUGCUGUGGACCAGCAGCCUGUGACCAACCACAACCCCUGGAUGCUGCUGUACUUCAUCUCCUUCCUACUCAUCGUCAGCUUCUUCGUGCUCAACAUGUUCGUGGGUGUGGUUGUGGAGAACUUCCACAAGUGCCGGCAGCACCAGGAGGCUGAGGAGGCCCGGAGGCGCGAGGAGAAGCGGUUACGGCGCCUGGAAAAGAAGCGCCGUAAGGCUCAGAGGCUGCCCUACUAUGCCACCUACUGCCCUACGAGGCUGCUCAUCCACUCCAUGUGCACCAGCCACUACCUGGACAUCUUCAUCACCUUCAUCAUCUGCCUCAACGUGGUCACCAUGUCCCUGGAACACUACAACCAACCUACAUCCCUAGAGACAGCCCUCAAGUACUGCAACUACAUGUUUACCACUGUCUUUGUGCUGGAGGCUGUGCUGAAGCUGGUGGCAUUUGGCCUGAGGCGUUUCUUCAAGGACCGAUGGAAUCAGCUGGACUUGGCCAUUGUGCUGCUGUCUGUCAUGGGCAUUACCCUGGAGGAGAUUGAGAUCAACGCAGCCCUGCCCAUCAAUCCUACCAUCAUCCGUAUCAUGCGUGUUCUGCGUAUCGCCCGGGUGUUGAAGCUGUUGAAGAUGGCCACAGGAAUGCGGGCUCUGCUGGACACCGUGGUACAGGCUCUGCCCCAGGUGGGCAACCUGGGUCUCCUCUUCAUGCUGCUCUUCUUCAUCUACGCUGCUCUGGGAGUGGAGCUCUUUGGAAAGCUGGUCUGCAAUGAUGAGAACCCGUGUGAGGGCAUGAGCCGGCAUGCUACCUUCGAGAACUUCGGCAUGGCCUUCCUCACGCUCUUCCAGGUCUCCACAGGCGAUAACUGGAAUGGAAUCAUGAAGGACACGCUGCGAGACUGCACCCACGACGAGCGCAGCUGCCUAAGCAGCCUUCAGUUCGUGUCGCCCCUGUACUUCGUGAGCUUCGUGCUCACGGCUCAGUUCGUGCUCAUCAACGUGGUGGUGGCCGUGCUCAUGAAACAUCUGGAUGACAGUAACAAGGAGGCCCAGGAGGACGCGGAGAUGGAUGCCGAGAUCGAGCUGGAGAUGGCCCAUGGCCUGGGCCCCGGGCCUGGCCCCGGCCCCGGCCCCUGCCCCUGCCCCUGUCCUGGCCCGAGGCUGCCCACUAGUUCACCAGGAGCCCCCAGCCGUGGAUCAGGAGGGGCAGGUGCUGGGGGUGACAAUGACAGCCACCUGUGCCGGCACUGCUGCUCUCCAGCCCAGGAGACCCUGUGGCUGGACAGCGUCUCUUUAAUCAUCAAGGACUCCUUGGAGGGGGAGCUGACCAUCAUUGACAACCUGUCCGGCUCCAUCUUCCACCACUACUCUUCACCUGCUGGCUGUGACAAGUGUCACCAUGACAAGCAAGAGGUGCAGCUGGCUGAGACAGAGGCCUUCUCCCUGAACUCAGACAGGUCCUCGUCCAUCCUGCUGGGGGAUGACCUGAGUCUUGAGGACCCCACAGCCUGCCCACAGGGCCCCAAGGAGAGUAAGAGUGAGCUGGAGCCUCCGGAACCCUUGCAGGCAGGAGACCUGGACGAAUGCUUUUUCUCCUUUGCCAAUGCGCCGGUGUCUGCAGGCCCAGAGAACCUGCUGUGUGAGAUGGAGGCCAUCCCGUUCAAUCCCGUCCAGUCCUGGCUCAAACACGAGAGCAGCCAAGCACCGCCGAGCCCUUUCUCCCCAGAUGCCUCCAGCCCUCUCCUGCAGAUGCCUGCUGAGUUCUUCCACCCUGCUGUGUCUGCCAGCCAGAAGGGACAGGAACCGGGCAUGAGUGCGGGGACCCUGCCCAAGAUCGCCCUUCAGGGCUCCUGGGCAUCCCUGAGGUCACCAAGUGUCAACUGCACCCUCUUGCGUCAGGCUACUGUGAGCGACACAUCACUGGAUGCCAGCCCUAGCAGCUCAGCGGGCAGCCUGCAGACCACAUUGGAGGACAGUCUGACACUGAGCGACAGUCCCCGGCGUGCCCUGGGACCACCAGUCCAGUUGUCAGGGCCACGUGCCGGCCUGUCACCCGCCACCCGGCGCCGCCUCAGCCUGCGGGGCCGCGGCCUGUUUAGUCUGCGUGGACUGCGGGCCCAUCAGCGCAGCCACAGCAGCGGCGGCUCCACCAGCCCGGGUUGCACCCACCACGACUCCAUGGACCCCUCUGAUGAGGAGGGCCGCGGGGGUGCAGGUGGCGGGGGUGCAGGCAGUGAGCACUCCGAGACCCUCAGCAGCUUGUCGCUCACGUCUCUCUUCUGCCCACCACCCACGCUGCCACCCCCGGGCCUCACCCCCUCCAGGAAGUUCAGCAGUACCAGCAGCCUGGCAUCUGGACCUGGCCGUCCUGGAGCCACUGUCUCCGCCCGCGGCCUGGCCAGGAGCCCCUCCUGGGCUGCAGACCGCAGCAAGGACCCACCAGGCCAGGUCCAGCUGGCCUCAGGCUUGGGCUCCUCAGCACCUGAACCGCAGCCGCCUCCUGGGGAGCUGGAGUCAACUGAUGCUGCCAGGAAGAGGAAGAGAUGAGGGGCCCACAGGGGCUGCGGGGGGACCUGCCACCCGCUGUCCGCCCGCUUGCCCCGUCUUGCCUUCUUUUACCUCAGGAGCCAGGGAGCAGACAGCAAUACUUUGCCCACACCUGGGAGUGACAUAGGGGCCAGCCAGCACCAGGCCACUGGGCAGACGACUGAGGAGGGUCUGGGUUAGCUGAGGCUCAGAUGCGGCCCCAUCCGUGGCCCUUCCAGUGCAUAUGCAGAUAUAUACAUAUAUACAUAUAUAUAGAGAGAGACAGACAUAUAUUUAUUUAUUUUUUUUACUGAGAGCUUAUGAAUUCCAGAAAGUGCUAAAGUUGAAGGUACAGGCCAGGGCCCAGACAGGGGUCUCGUCUGUUGGUUAGGAUACAGGCUUGCACAGCGCAGACGCUCCCGUUGGGGCAUCGGUGGCUGUAGUUUCGGGUAUCUCCCACAGUUGAGAGCAGCUUGGGAGAAAGUUCAGGGCCCAGGAGACAGAAGAGAAGCAAUUCAGGGUGCACUUUUUUUCCCUUUUAAAGAAGAGACGCUGCUAAGAUCCCCAAUCUCUACCCACAUGUCGGGGGUAUCAGUCUUGUCCCUCUGACUAUCGUGUUGUGAAGUCUUUUGUAGACGCUCUGACACACAGACUUUCUUAGUUAACCAGCUAGAUGUUCUCUUUAGAAAAACCAGGGGGGGUUGUUUAGUCAUUUCUUAGAGCAGGGUUGGGGGAUAGGACAGUUCUGAGGCUGGGCAGGGGGCUCAGUGUGCAGGUCAAGUUUUGACUUCUGUGAGCACUUUGGGGGACAGUUCAACUCCCCAGGAAGGCAGCAAACAGGAAUAAUUCUUGCAACCCACCCUGAGCAACCUUACCCCUGACCCAGGGGUAUUUGGGGUAACAGCAAAUCUAAAGGGGGCUCUGCGUACCUGCCUAAAGCCUGACUCCAGCCUUUCCCCAUCCAGGACCCCCAGCCAGUUACCUGGACAUUCACAUCCUCCAACUCCUGCUUACUCCUGAGUAUGUCUUGCUGUUUCAAGCUGCAAGUCGGGUCUCACGAUGGUAGUGCUUCCCGGUCUCACAAUGAGUUCAGGAUGGGUGUUUUUUUUAUUGGAAUGGUUAACCAUUUAUUUAAAAAAAAAAUACCUUGCAUCGAGCCUGUGACUUUCACAGGCUCAGCUCUAAAGUGGAUGGGUUUAAAAUUAGCUUGAAGAAGAGUGGGGCGUGCUGCUGGUGGUGGCCUGCUGAUAAGGGCAGUGAUGUGGAUGCUCACCCAGAUCACCAAGCGUUGCCCUGGGUCCUGCUAAAAGCAGGUGUGUAUCUUGUCCCUGCUCCCAAAUCCUGAUUUCACAGAAGUGGGCUUCUAGCCAGGCUAGUGUUGGUAGGCUCUGAGGUACUCCCUUCUGGCACAGGGACCCUGGGGUCAGGACACUGUGAGGGAGCGAGGAGGAAAGAAAUGUUGAGGGGUGCUGCCUGCAAAGCCCUUCUUAGGGGUGAGGAGUGGGAAAGUGGUUGUUAAACCCGCUUUACACAUGGUAAACUGAGGCUCUGAGUAAGUGAAACAGCCAUGCAGCCCUGGCUGCAAAAGGCCUGGGUUACCUGUGAAGGGCACUAGCCUGAACAUCUGGACUGUGCACACACAAUCAUGGUUGAAGGGAGGGUGACUCCAAGGGCCCAGGAAAGAGUUGGCUGUUGUGUAGAGAGGGUUGGCCUAUGGCCCAUGGUCUUCAGGCUUUAUAGUUGUGUUAUCUGAUAGCAUCUAGCACCCUCUGCUCUCUGGGUUCAGUGUUAGUCAUCUAGCUAAAUCUUCAGGGUGCCGUGUGUGUGUGUGUGUGUGUGUGUGUGUGUGUGUGUGUGUGUGUGUGUGUGUGUGUAUGCUGCUCUUCACAGUCAGCUUUCUCUCUUUCAUGGUUCUGAGGCUGGGCAGAGAUGUUCAGGCAUCUGUACCUUUACGGUGGGCUGUGUGACCCCAGAGCAAGCAGACAUGUUGAAGGGUGUUUUAGGGAAAUGAGCAAGGUUUAAUAAGCAAGGGCUGUAGCUGGGUACAACCGGGCAUCUAGAGAGAAUGAUUAGCUGAGCCCAGAAGCACACAAACGACCUGGGGUGGAUUUCCCUAGGACCAAUCCCAGGUAUUUGGUCUUUUGCCUGUGAAUGGGGAAUUAGGGACCAGGAAAGUUGUGAGCGGCUGGUAAGAUGAGUUGUAAUGGGCAAGGAUUGGUUGGGCGACCCUUCUUUAACACUGUGGCUUGGGGCUGUGGCCUCAGGUCAAGCCUGUCCAUCACCAAAGCACAAACUCCCCCAAUCCACAUGGGCCUGGGUGUGAGGAGAACGGGAACCCAGGUACCAAUGCCCUAAAGCUGUUAAUUUACCAGGUGGUUUGGUGUGGAGCCUGGAGGGCAUGGCAACAUCUUUAGGGAAGGGUCUGAAGCCAGAUAGAGUCUGCUCUGCCCUUCUUGUUGUCUCCUGCUCUGGUCCAGGCAGUCCCUCUGAGGAGGAUGAACCGUGAGCAGAACUCACCCAUCUGCUUGUCCCCAAUAUUUCUCCUAGAGUUCCGAGCUCCCCGGCUCACCUCCAGCCCCUUUUGCCAGUCUGUGUAAGGGCUUGGGGUCUUAGAAGCUGCUGUUUAACCCAGACACACACACACACACACACACACACACACACACACACACACACACACACACACACACACACACUUUUCUUUUUCUUUUCGUCAUUGUGCAAUAAUCAGUGUCCCGGGCAGAGCUGGAGCCUGGGAGGAGGCAGAGGCCACCUUGUCCAGAAAGCCCCCAGCCCAGCUCUGCUGCUGUGACUCUAACUUCUGGUCACUGUACAGUUUCUACAGUGUGAAUGAACUUCCCUCUUAGUUGCUGAAGGCGCUGGUCCCUGCUGGCCCAGAUGGCCCGGGAAUAGAGAAACCAAGCCCUACCGCCAGCCAGCGUUGUUUUGAAUAAAACCCCAGAAACUUA